UAACAGCAAUUUCAGUUUAUACUGAUACGUGUACAGCUGUCGCGGUACGAAUGGAUAAAAAAAUAAACGUGAUGUGGACGGAUAAAAAAAUUAGAUAACGCGACAGUGUUAAAGCAAACGUUUAUCAACGUAAUUAUUAAUAAUUAUACAUAAAUAUAUAACAUAAUAAUAUACCUGUAAUAUUAAAAAUAAAUAUAAAUCAAUGGCAUUAAGAUCACUGAGGCAGGAAUACCUGCAAAUACCAACAGUUACCCGAGCUUAUACAACUGCUUGUGUUCUUACUACACUUGCUGUGCAACUGGACUUGGUGUCACCUUUUCAACUUUACUUCAAUCCUAUUUUAAUUAUCCAUCAGUAUCAAAUAUGGCGACUUGUCACGACAUUUUUGUACUUUGGUACUGUUGGGUUCAAUUUUUUUUUCAAUAUGAUAUUUACUUAUCGCUAUUGCCGGAUGUUGGAAGAGGGUCCAUUCCGUGGAAGGACAGCUGAUUUUGUUAUGAUGUUCAUAUUUGGUGGUGUCUGUAUGAUAAUAUUUGCAUUCUUCGUUAAUUUAUUAUUUUUAGGACAUGCAUUUACACUGAUGUUAGUUUAUGUGUGGUCUAGACGGACUCCGUUUGUCAGAAUGAAUUUCUUUGGUCUACUCAACUUCCGGGCUCCAUUUUUACCGUGGGUUCUUCUGGGUUUCUCUUUACUUCUUGGAAACGUUAUCUGGGUAGAUUUAGUUGGUAUGGCUGUUGGACAUAUGUAUUAUUUUGCUGAAGAUGUUUUUCCAAAUCAAGUUGGAGGAGGUUUUAGGAUCAUUAAAACUCCGCAAAUACUUAAAAAUUUGUUCGACGAACGUCCAGAAGAUUCAGAUUACGCUCCACUUCCCGAAGACAGACCUGGAGGGUUCGCAUGGGGCCAAGAAGCUGAUGUGCAUUAAAUAAAAUACUUUGUAAAUUGAAUCCCAGCAGAAAUUAAAAAACAAU